UCAUCACAGCGCGUCAAACAGUUUUGUCUCUCUUACAGAGGAGACUGAGCAGUACCUCUUCCUCUGACCUGAUUUUAACGUUUCAUGUUGAUAUCAGCAGUCUGCGUGUAUCUCGCCGUCUGAUGAAAGGUUGUUAGGAUGCGAUAAGCGUAUUCUAGUGGGGAAAAGUGUCCAAAAUCCCCUUUAUUUCGAGUGCGAAGACAGGACAACACGCCACGGCACUAGUAACGUUAGUUACUAGCAACAGCGGCUCUCUGUUUUUUUGUCGAAAGAUGCCCAGUCCCUCCUGUUCUCUCAUCUGAAGACCGUAGGAGAGAAGUCUAGUUUAGUGAUGAAACAGGACCCGUUGACCAGAGGGGGUAACACGGGUACACCCCUGCCAGGGAGGGGAGACUCUAUGGGGGUAUCGCUGCUAGGCAGCACCCCCUCUUCCUCCUCCAUCUCUUCAAUCUCCUCCCUCUCUUCCUUCAUCUCUUCAUCUUCCUCUGGGGAAGAAAGGAGAAAGGGAGGUGGUGAGGAGUUUAUUGGCAGAGAGGAGGGGGAGGUGGUCAGCAUUUCCAUAGUUACCAUAGCGGAGGAGUCCUGCCCCUCGGAACCGUUCGGAACUGUCGCCGGUCACGUCGAGGUAACAGCCGAUGAGAGCGCGGCUAGGGAAAGAGAUGGCCAAUCAAAAACCUCCCACAGUACCCAGACUGAAGAAGAGGGGGAGCGGAAUGGAGAGGAAGAGGAGGAAUGUAGAAAGGAGGAUGAUGAUGAGAACGAGCAAGGAGUUGAAGGCGAGGAAGCAGAAGAGAUGGAUGAAGACGAGAGUGACUGUCCUGCCCUGUUAGAAGAGGAAGAGGAUGAAGCAGGAAGGAACCAGGUGUUUGUCUCGGAUGAGAACUCUGAGUUGAUGUCGGACAGACUGAACCCUGAAACACCUUCGACACUCCUCAACAUCAAGAUGAAGAGGAAGUUGGACCAUGGACCAGACAUCAGGCCUUUCCCUUCAGGCAAGAAACACUGCAAAGGUUCCAACUACCUCAGUCCCUCCAGUUUCGUUCCAUUCCAGACCACGCCCACUACCUUUGGGGACCUGCGAGCAGCCAAUGGGCAUUCAGCUCAGCGGAGACGUGUGACUUCAGGUCCGCCCCCCUCUGGCCUGCAGGACUGGCUGCACACCUUCCAGGCGUGGAGUGGUCCUGAGCGUCUAUUGGCUCUGGAUGAGUUGAUUGACACCUGUGAGUCCAAUCAGGUGAAGCACAUGAUGCAGGUUAUUGAGCCUCAGUUCCAACGAGACUUCAUCUCCCUGCUGCCCAAAGAGUUGGCCCUGUAUGUCCUGACGUUCCUGGAGCCCAGAGAUCUGAUGCAUGCUGCUCAGACCUGUUCCUAUUGGAGGAUACUGGCUGAGGAUAACCUGCUGUGGAGGGAGAAGUGUAGAGAGGAGGGUAUUGAAGAGCCCCUGGUUGUGAAGAGAAGAAACACUCUUAAACCUGGGUUCCUCCACUCGCCCUGGAAGAGUGCCUACGUACAACAACACAGGAUAGAGAGCAACUGGAGGACUGGGGAUAUCACCUCACCUAAGGUGUUAAAAGGUCAUGAUGAUCAUGUGAUCACGUGUCUACAGUUCUGUGGUGACCUCAUAGUCAGUGGUUCUGAUGACAACACUCUCAAAGUCUGGUCUGCCCUCACCGGCAAGUGUCUGCGUACAUUAGUAGGCCAUACAGGAGGCGUGUGGUCCAGUCAGAUGAGUGGUAACAUCGUGAUCAGUGGGUCUACAGACAGGACUCUGAAGGUUUGGGACGCAGAGAGCGGAGAGUGUGUUCACACCCUGUACGGACACACCUCUACUGUACGCUGUAUACACCUGCACGACAAACAGGUUGUGAGCGGUAGCCGUGACGCUACGCUGCGUCUGUGGGACGUAGAUUCUGGCGAGUGUCUCCACGUCCUGACAGGUCAUGUGGCGGCGGUGCGGUGUGUCCAGUAUGACGGGCGCAGGGUGGUCAGCGGAGGAUACGACUUCAUGGUUAAAGUCUGGGACCCGGAGACAGAGACCUGUCUACACACUCUGCAGGGACACACUAACAGAGUCUAUUCUCUUCAGUUUGACGGUGCCUACGUGGUCAGUGGAUCUCUGGACACCUCCAUCAGAGUAUGGGACGUAGUGACGGGAGGGUGUGUCCACACGCUGACCGGCCACCAAUCACUGACCAGUGGUAUGGAACUAAAGAACAACAUCCUGGUCUCUGGCAACGCUGACUCUACUGUCAGGGUCUGGGAUAUACGGACAGGACAGUGUCUCCACACACUACAAGGUCCCCAUAAGCACCAGUCAGCGGUAACCUGUCUCCAGUUCUCUCGCUCCCUGGUGGUCUCUUCAUCAGAUGAUGGGACAGUGAAGCUGUGGAGCCUGGCGACGGGGGAGUGGGUCAGAGACCUGGUGGCUCUGCAGAGUGGAGGAUCAGGGGGAGUGGUGUGGAGGAUCAGGGCAUCUAACACCAGACUGGUAGCAGCCGUUGGCAGCAGGAACGGAACAGAGGAGACUAAACUCGUGGUGCUGGAUUUUGACCUCACUGACAACCACAAGUGAUGUCAUCAAAGAGGCGACGUGCUUUCAUCAGGAGAGGAUGUCAUUGGAUAAGGAUGCGAGAUAACCAAAGAGGGACCCAAUAUCCUCAUAGGUGGAAGGGGAACUUGUAAUGAAGAUGAAAGGGGUGAAGAGAAGGUGUCGUUUGACAGAGGACUAUGUCAGAAUCCUCCCAUGGAAGGACUGAGUGCCAUUUUAAUAGGAGACACCAAUACACCACAAACCAGGAGACGACUCAGAACUGUCCCCCAUUUCCUCACCACGUCCCUGCGGAACCAAACUCUCAUAUUUUCCUGCUGACCAUUAAACACUGCUGGACACUGGUAUGGUGAAGAGAGAGUACGAAGACCAACUUGAAAUCUUCUGCGACCGGAGGAAUCCAUGAGAGGUCUCACUAAGGUCAUGCUGACCGACCGGCCAAAGGUCAAACUGAGUGUAGUUACUGUAACUACCCAGACUACUGCUGGAUGUAUAGACUGUUACUGUAACUACCCAGACUACUGCUGGAUGUAUAGACUGUUACUGUAACUACCCAGACUACUGCUGGAUGUAUAGACUGUUACUGUAACCACCCAGACUACUGCUGGAUGUAUAGACUGUUACUGUAACUACCCAGACUACUGCUGGAUGUAUAGACUGUUACUGUAACUACCCAGACUACUGCUGGAUGUAUAGUUACUGUAACUACCCAGACUACUGCUGGAUGUAUAGUUACUGUAACUACCCAGACUACUGCUGGAUGUAUAGUUACUGUAACCACCCAGACUACUGCUGGAUGUAUAGUUACUGUAACCACCCAGACUACUGCUGGAUGUAUAGUUACUGUAACUACCCAGACUACUGCUGGAUGUAUAGUAACUGUAACCACCCAGACUACUGCUGGAUGUAUAGUUACUGUAACCACCCAGACUACUGCUGGAUGUAUAGACUGUUACUGUAACUACCCAGACUACUGCUGGAUGUAUAGUUACUGUAACCACCCAGACUACUGCUGGAUGUAUAGUUACUGUAACCACCCAGACUACUGCUGGAUGUAUAGACUGUUACUGUAACCACCCAGACUACUGCUGGAUGUAUAGACUGUUACUGUAACCACCCAGACUACUGCUGGAUGUGUAGUUACUGUAACCACCCAGACUACUGCUGGAUGUAUAGACUGUUACUGUAACCACCCAGACUACUGCUGGAUGUAUAGACUGUUACUGUAACCACCCAGACUACUGCUGGAUGUAUAGUUACUGUAACCACCCAGACUACUGCUGGAUGUAUAGUUACUGUAACCACCCAGACUACUGCUGGAUGUAUAGUUACUGUAACCACCCAGACUACUGCUGGAUGUAUAGACUGUUACUGUAACCACCCAGACUACUGCUGGAUGUGUAGUUACUGUAACCACCCAGACUACUGCUGGAUGUAUAGACUGUUACUGUAACCACCCAGACUACUGCUAGAUGUAUAGUUACUGUAACCACCCAGACUACUGCUAGAUGUAUAGACUGUUACUGUAACCACCCAGACUACUGCUAGAUGUAUAGACUGUUACUGUAACCACCCAGACUACUGCUGGAUGUAUAGUUACUGUAACCACCCAGACUACUGCUGGAUGUAUAGUUACUGUUACCACCCAGACUACUGCUGGAUGUAUAGUUACUGUAACCACCCAGACUACUGCUGGAUGUGUAGUUACUGUAACCACCCAGACUACUGCUGGAUGUAUAGUUACUGUAACCACCCAGACUACUGCUGGAUGUGUAGUUACUGUAACCACCCAGACUACUGCUGGAUGUAUAGUUACUGUAACUACCCAGACUACUGCUGGAUGUAUAGUAACUGUAACCACCCAGACUACUGCUGGAUGUAUAGUUACUGUAACCACCCAGACUACUGCUGGAUGUAUAGUAACUCUAACCACCCAGACUACUGCUGGAUGUAUAGUAACUGUAACCACCCAGACUACUGCUGGAUGUAUAGUUACUGUAACCACCCAGACUACUGCUGGAUGUAUAGUUACUGUAACCACCCAGACUACUGCUGGAUGUAUAGUUACUGUAACCACCCAGACUACUGCUGGAUGUAUAGUUACUGUAACCACCCAGACUAUUGCUGGAUGUAUAGUUACUGUAACUACCCAGACUACUGCUGGAUGUAUAGUUACUGUAACUACCCAGACUACUGCUGGAUGUAUAGACUGUUACUGUAACCACCCAGACUACUGCUGGAUGUAUAGACUGUUACUGUAACUACCCAGACUACUGCUGGAUGUAUAGACUGUUACUGUAACUACCCAGACUACUGCUGGAUGUAUAGUUCCUGAACCACCCAGACUACUGCAGGAUGUAUAGUUCCUGAACCACCCAGACUACUGCUGGAUGUAUAGACUGUUACUGUAACCACCCAGACUACUGCUGGAUGUAUAGUUACUGUAACCACCCAGACUACUGCUGGAUGUAUAGUUACUGUAACCACCCAGACUACUGCUGGAUGUGUAGUUACUGUAACCACCCAGGCUACUGCUGGAUGUAUAGUUACUGUAACCACCCAGACUACUGCAGGAUGUAUAGUUACUGUAACUACCCAGACUACUGCUGGAUGUAUAGUUACUGUAACCACCCAGACUACUGCUGGAUGUAUAGUUACUGUAACUACCCAGACUACUGCUGGAUGUAUAGUUACUGUAACCACCCAGACUACUGCUGGAUGUGUAGUUACUGUAACCACCCAGACUACUGCUGGAUGUAUAGACUGUUACUGUAACUACCCAGACUACUGCUGGAUGUAUAGACUGUUACUGUAACCACCCAGACUACUGCUGGAUGUGUAGUUACUGUAACCACCCAGACUACUGCUGGAUGUAUAGUUACUGUAACCACCCAGACUACUGCAGGAUGUAUAGUUCCUGAACCACCCAGACUACUGCUGGAUGUAUAGUUACUGUAACCACCCAGACUACUGCAGGAUGUAUAGUUCCUGAACCACCCAGACUACUGCAGGAUGUAUAGUUCCUGAACCACCCAGACUACUGCAGGAUGUAUAGUUCCUGAACCACCCAGACUACUGCAGGAUGUAUAGUUCCUGAACCACCCAGACUACUGCAGGAUGUGUAGAAUGUGUAUGAGGCCCAAUAUAGUGCACUACUUUAUAUCAGACCCCUCUGGGUCCGUACCCUGACUGCCCCUCUGGGCCCGUACCCUGACUGCCCCUCUGGGCCCGUACCCUGACUGCCCCUCUGGGCCCGUACCCUGACUGCCCCUCUGGGCCCGUACCCUGACUGCCCCUCUGGGCCCGUACCCUGACUGCCCCUCUGGGCGCGUACCCUGACUGCCCCUCUGGGCGCGUACCUGGACUGCCCCUCUGGGCGCGUACCCGGACUGCCCCUCUGGGCCCGUACCCGGACUGCCCCUCUGGGCCCGUACCCGGACUGCCCCUCUGGGCCCGUACCCUGACUGCCCCUCUGGGCCCGUACCCUGACUAUCGCUCCGUGCCCGUACCCUGACUACCCCUCUGGGCCCGUACCCUGACUACCCCUCUGGGCCCGUACCCUGACUACCCCUCUGGGCCUGUACCCCGACUACCCCUCCUGUUCCGUACCCCGGCUUCCCCUCCUGUUCCGUACCCCGACUACCCCUCCUCCUCCGUACCCCGACUACCCCUCCUGGUCCGUACCCCGACUACCCCUCUUGUUCUCGUACCCCGACGACCCCUCCUGUUCCGUACCCCGACUACCCCUCUGGGCCCGUACCCUGACUACCCCUCCUGUUCCGUACCCUGACGACCCCUCCUGUUCUCGUACCCCAACUACCCCUCUGGGCCCGUACCCUAACUACCCUUAUGGGGCUUGGUCAGAAGUAUUGCACUAUAUAGGGUUUAGGAUGCCAUUUCGGAUCCAGCCUCUCUAGCCAGUCUGACUGUCAGCUGGAUUCAUAUACAGGACAGUGCCCAGAGUUUCUCCUCAGUGACCAACCAAGGAAAACCUCCAUGAUCCACUGAUCCUUUCCACUGCCUGACUGUCAUCAUGGAACUGAAAAGAUGAGACUUCAUCUGAGUCCCAGAUGGCACCCUAUUCCCUACAUAGUACACUACUUUAGGAUUGUUCCCAUAUGGUCAAAGUAGUGCACUAUAUAGGGAAUAGGGUGCCAUUUUGGGACACAGAUAUAUAUAUAUAUAUAUAGCGUUUGUGGUAUACUGUAAAAUGAGUGUAGAUAUUAAAAUAUGUACAUAAUGUUGUUUUUAUAUGAAAAGAGUAAAUAUUGUGCUGAGAUAUUGUUGAGGAGGGGAGAGAUUGUAGAAUAAAGAUGCGUUGUCUUUUCUAAAA